CGGACGCGGCGGCGGCGGCGGCGGCGGCCCGAGCCCGGCCCUAUGGCGCGGGCGGACACGGGCCGCGGGCUCCUGGCGCUGACCUUCUGCCUGCUGUCCGCGCGCGGGGAGCUGCUGUUGCCCCAGGAGACAACGGUCAAGCUGAGCUGCGAUGUGGGGCCACUGCAGGUGGUCCUGGGCCCCAAGCAGGCUGCAGUGUUGGACUGCAGUUUGGGGACGACCGCGGCGGGACCACCAACCAGGGUGACGUGGAGCAAGGAUGGGGACACUGUGCUGGAGCAUGACCACCUGCACCUGCUACCCAACGGCUCCCUGUGGCUGUCCUCGGCUCCAGAACCAGGAGACGGUGCUGGGGAGGAAGCUUUUAGGACAUGGAAGGUCAUUGAGGGCAGCUAUUCCUGUCUGGCCCACGGCCCACUGGGCGUAGUGGCCAGCCAGGUUGCUGUGGUCAAGCUUGCCACACUCGAAGACUUCUCUCUGCACCCAGAGUCCCAGACGGUGGAGGAGAACGGCACAGCACGCUUUGAAUGUCACACUGAGGGGCUGCCAGCCCCCAUCAUUACUUGGGAAAAGGACCAGGUGACAGUGCCUGAGGAGCCCCGGCUCAUCACUCUUCCCAACGGCGUCCUCCAGAUCCUGGAUGUCCAGGACAGUGACAUGGGCUCCUACCGAUGCGUGGCCACCAACUCAGCCCGCCGACGCUUCAGCCACGAGGCUUCACUCAGUGUGGCUCUCAGAGGGUCCUUGGAGGCCACCAGGGGCCAGGAUGUGGUCAUCGUGGCAGCCCCAGAGAACACCACGGUAGUGUCUGGACAGAGUGUAGUGAUGGAGUGUGUGGCCUCCGCUGACCCCACGCCUUUUGUGUCCUGGGUCCGACAAGACGGGAAGCCGAUCUCCACGGAUGUCAUCGUUAUGGGCCGGACCAAUCUACUCAUCGCCAGCGCGCAGCCUCGGCACUCUGGUGUUUAUGUCUGUCGGGCCAACAAGCCCCACACCCGCGACUUUGCCACCGCCGCAGCUGAGCUCCGAGUGCUGGGGGCUCCUGCCAUCUCGCAAGCGCCAGAGGCUCUGUCGAGGACGCGGGCCAGCACCGCGCGUUUCGUGUGCCGCGCUUCGGGCGAGCGACCCGCGCUCCGCUGGCUGCACGACGGGGCGCCGCUGCGACCCAACGGGCGCGUCAAGGUGCAGGGCGGUGGCGGCAGCCUGGUCAUCACGCAGAUCGGCCUGCAGGACGCCGGCUACUAUCAGUGCGUGGCGGAGAACAGCGCGGGAACGUGUGCGGCCGCGCCCCUGGCCGUGGUGGUGCGCGAGGGGCUGCCCAGCGCCCCCACUCGGGUCACGGCCACGCCGCUGAGCAGCUCCGCUGUGCUGGUGGCCUGGGAGCGGCCAGAACUGCACAGCGAGCAAAUCAUUGGCUUCUCCCUUCACUACCAAAAGGCAAGGGGAGUGGACAACGUGGAGUACCAGUUUGCAGUGAACAAUGACACUACAGAGCUGCAGGUUCGGGACCUGGAACCCAACACGGAUUAUGAGUUCUACGUGGUGGCCUAUUCCCAGCUAGGGGCCAGCCGCACCUCCAGCCCGGCCCUGGUGCAUACACUGGAUGAUGUCCCCAGCGCAGCGCCCCAGCUCGCCCUGUCCAGCCCCAACCCCUCAGACAUCAGGGUGGCGUGGCUGCCCCUGCCCUCGGGCCUGAGCAACGGACAGGUGGUGAAAUACAAGAUAGAGUACGGUUUGGGAAAGGAAGAAGAUCAGGUUUUCUCCACUGAGGUGCCCGGAAAUGAGACACAACUUACGUUAAACUCUCAGCCGAACAAGGUGUACCGAGUCCGGAUUUCAGCUGGCACCGGGGCUGGCUAUGGACUCCCUUCCCAGUGGAUGCAGCACAGGACGCCUGCUGUGCACAACCAGAGCCAUGUUCCCUUUGCCCCUGCAGAAUUGAAGGUGAGGGCAAAGAUGGAAUCCCUGGUGGUGUCAUGGCAGCCGCCCCCUCACCCCACCCAGAUUUCUGGAUACAAACUCUACUGGCGUGAGGUGGGGGCAGAGGAAGAGACAGCCGGUGAUCGCCCCGCAGGGGGCCGCGGAGACCAGGCUUGGGACGUGGGGCCCGUGCGCCUCAAGAAGAAAGUAAAGCAGUAUGAACUGACCCAGCUAGUCCCUGGCAGGCUGUACGAGGUGAAGCUCGUAGCUUUCAACAAACACGAGGACGGCUACGCAGCUGUAUGGAAAGGCAAGACUGAGAAGGCACCCACACCAGACCUGCCCAUCCAGAGGGGGCCGCCCCUGCCUCCCGCCCACGUCCACGCCGAGUCAAACAGCUCCACCUCCAUCUGGCUCCGGUGGAAGAAGCCAGACUUUACCACCGUCAAGAUCGUCAACUACACCGUGCGCUUUGGUCCCUGGGGGCUCAGGAAUGCCUCCCUGGUCACCUACUAUACCAGCUCCGGAGAAGACAUCCUCAUUGGCGGGCUGAAGCCAUUCACCAAGUAUGAGUUUGCGGUACAGUCCCAUGGUGUGGAUAUGGAUGGGCCUUUUGGUUCCGUAGUAGAGCGCUCCACCCUGCCUGACCGACCUUCGACACCCCCCUCUGACCUGCGCCUGAGCCCCCUGACCCCAUCCACGGUUCGGCUACACUGGUGCCCCCCCACGGAGCCCAAUGGGGAGAUCGUGGAGUAUCUAAUUCUCUACAGCAACAACCACACCCAGCCCGAGCACCAGUGGACGCUGCUCACCACAGAGGGAAACAUCUUCAGUGCAGAGGUGCAUGGCCUGGAGAGUGACACUCGGUACUUCUUCAAGAUGGGGGCCCGGACAGAGGUGGGGCCUGGGCCCUUCUCCCGUUUGCAGGAUGUGAUCACUCUCCAGGAGACCUUCUCAGACUCCUUGGACGUGCACUCUGUCACAGGCAUCAUCGUGGGCGUCUGCCUGGGCCUUCUCUGCCUCCUGGCCUGCAUGUGUGCCGGCCUACGACGGAGCUCCCACAGGGAAGCCCUCCCAGGGCUGUCCUCCACCGCCACCUCUGGGAACCCAGCACUGUACUCCAGAGCGCGGCUUGGGCCCCCCAAUCUCCCUUCUGCCCAUGAGUUGGAGUCCCUCGUGCACCCCCGCCCCCAAGACUGGUCCCCACCACCCUCGGACAUGGAAGACAAGGCUGAAGUGCACAGCCUUAUGGGUGGCAGCGUUUCAGAUUGCCGGGGCCACUCCAAGAGAAAGAUCUCCUGGGCCCAGCCGGGUGGGCUGAGCUGGACAGGCUCCUGGGCAGGCUGUGAGCUGCCUCAGGGUGGCGGACCUAGGCCUGCUGUCACCCGUGCUCUGCUGCCUCCAGCCGGAACUGGACAGACACUGUUGCUGCAGGCUCUGGUGUAUGAUGCCAUAAAGAGCAACGGGAGAAAGAAGCCGCCCCCAGCCUGCAGGAAUCAGGUGGAGGCUGAGGUCAUCGUCCACUCUGACUUCGGUGCAUCCAAAGGAAGUCCUGACUUCCACCUCCAAGACCUGGAGCCUGAGGAAGCCCUGCCUACAGAGGCUCUGCCUUCCACCUCAGGGGCUGUGGAUCUGUCUCAAGGAGCAGACUGGCUAGGCAGGGAGCUGGAAGGGUGCGAAGAGGCAACCACCGGGCCGGAGAGGCUCACCUGCUUGCCAGAGGCAGCCAGUGCCUCCUGCUCCUGCCCAGAGCUCCAGUCCAACACUGCUCUAGAGGAGGCCCCUGGGAAAAGCUGCCAGGCCAAAGCCCUGUGCCCUCUAGCAGUCAGCCCAAGCCUCCCCAGGGCCCCUGUCUCCUCUGCUCAGCUUCCCUGAGCAAAAGGCUGAUAUGGCUCAGAAAACAUGACGUGCGUGGCCACACAUAUGCGUGCUGGAGAUAUCAACAAGCCUUUUGGAGCCUCUUAGGAUCCUUUGGCUGGGAUGGGGGAGAACCUGACUCACGUCCCCCAUAUUCUGCACCACAUGUGUGAUACUGGAGGGACUUGAGACAGAGCUCCAGACGUAUGUGAAGUCACCUGUGUGUGCUGGCUGAGCUGGGAAACCUCGCCCCAGGUAGCAGUCACUGUGGCCUAAAUGAUCCUCCGUGGCGGGACGGUGUAACCGUGACCAGCGCCGGCUCCUUGAAUCGCGGCUUUGUCGCCCAGCCUUUUAUUACACUCUGAGAGUGUCUCCAAUGCCGUGUCUAUGAAGACAGCCCCAGCCCCGGCCCUCUGCUGUCAGCUGGGCUGAGCCGAGGGCCAGUCAACGCUGCAGGCCUGCGCUGCAGCCUGCAAGCUGCAUGGCCGUCAUGCCCCCCGCCGGCCUCCAUCGCCGGCCUCCAUCGGCCCAGAAGGCUGGGUGAGCCCAGCUCAGUGUCCCCUCUCCUUGGAGCAACUCUGCCCCUAAUUUUGUAAUAUGGGAAGUGCCUGGUCUGGGAAAUCGUCUUUCUCCCCUGCCCCCUCUUCUGUACCCCUUCGUUGUUCUAGUGAUCUGCCUCCUCGGGUCGCCUCUCCCGGGGGCCUGCUCUUCCCUGCGAUGCCUCUCACCUCCUCACUGCUCUUUCCCCCCCCUCUGUCGUCCAUGUUUGUCAUGGUGUCAUGUGUGUCUUGUCCCUGGGUUCAACCUAUGCACCCUUCCCUAACAACAUGACUACCUCAUGUCUGCUUCAGACCAUCGUGUGACCCCUGGGUCCCCACGGCUCCCCUGCACCCCCCUUUCUGGGCAAAUGACCCGCUCCCAGUAGAUUUGAGAAAGAGCUUCUGGCUGCCCUGGCCUCCUUCUCCUCCGUGGAAUUGAGACAGGUAGGUUGUCUGUGGAAGGGAUGAAUCCAGGCCGCACCAGGGUAGCCGAGAGAAGGGGUAGGGACUGAAACCCGGAGGCCACCCAUCUGCACAGGAAAAACGGGGGGUGCGCUUUUGCCCUUCAGUCUCCUGUCCUGGCUGAAGCUGGAGAGGUGAGGGGAGUUGAUUCAGAGGGCAGCAGUGGCUCAGCUCCCUGACCCUUGAGCCUGUCUGGAUUCAGAGUGGGAAGAGUUUCCUCCAAGAUGCUAGAAGUGGGGGGUCUGUGCACAGGAAAAGGGUGGCCGGCUGGUUUUGUUUUCUUUUUCCUUAAAGUUUGAAUCCUGAGGUCAUCGCACCACACAGGGACAAGCCUGACUUGUGCUUCCUGUGUUGUGAAAGCCGGGCCAUCUACUAGUCAUCUUCCAGGAGUGGAGAAUGUGGGAUCUUGGCUCUCUCAUGGAGUGUCUUUUUAUUUUAACUGGCUGGCAUAUCAAGUGUUAACUCUGGCUUCUGGGCCAAAUUAGAAAUAACCAGUGUAUCUUUCCUUUUUUUCUUUUUUUUUUUUUUUUUUUAUGUUUUUGACAUACAUUCAGCAGAGUUGCAGCCUCCCCGGCCCCCGAAAGCAUCUGUGUUUAUUACCCUCGUGUGUCACUCACGUUUGACACCUACAUCUCCUCCUCUUCCCUCUUCAGCCAGCCUAUGAUAACACUAAAGAUUAUUAAUGGUGGUUUCGUGUCUCGUUAAAAACAGGAUUGUCACUUGAACUACUUCUAUAGCAUUCAGAGUGGCCACGGCCACCCGCACUGUGCUGUGUCUCCAUUGCGCUGAAGGUCAAAAGCCUCAUUUUAUUUUGCCGGUUAGAUUCUCUCUUCCUUGCCGUGGAUGAAGUAGCCGUUUCAACAGUAGGCUCUUAGCGUUACACACCACGGUCAUUUCUCAUGGUCUUGUUUAACAGGCACCGAGGUUCUGGUUUGAAUUCAAUAGCUGCAAAUGAGACAAUUUAUAACCCAUUAGGUUGGGUGGAAAAUUGUUUCUCAAAAGCAAAUAAGUAAUAAAUCUGGUAUCUGCCUAUAACUCACAGUUGAUAAGCAAGUAGCUGUUACUCACGAGCACUGCAUAUGAUUUGGGUUCUGAGGAACUGGGCAGUGUUCGAUUUGUGUCUUUAUAGCUGCAGGUUUUAUUAGAAAGGAGUCUAUUGGCCUUUUACAGGGUAGUAAUCCCUUUGCCGCUUGCCAUGGAUGCCUUAAAUUCUUUUGAGUCUCAUUUAAAAAUCUUCCUUUUCUUGACGCAUGACAAGUGUACUCAAUACUUACAUGCUCACUUAUUUACUCAUACUUAGUUUAUGCUGUAUUAUUUCAUUGCAUUUUCCAACAUCCUGUUUCCUCCUUACAAAUAUGAUAGUCUUUAGUGUUACACUAAGGCAUUGAUCAUGUAUCUGUCUCUAUAAUGAAUUAAUAAACUAUUUUCCAGA